AUGACAGAUUGUCAACCGGCAUCCGUCCAGAACGAUUGCGAUUUAGAAGGUGUGAAAUUCGAUAUCUCGCAAACAGAACGAAAAAAUCACUGCAGUGGACAACAGCGGAUUCAGAAUCGCGCGGCGCUGAUCAUUUUGGCUCUGGCUGCUAUUGCUGGAGCUGAGCAGUUCAAUGGUUACUUUUAUCCUAAGCCAAGCUGUCAAUUCGAAGCAGCUCAAACUGUGUACAUAACACAAACCCAAACCGACUAUCAAGUAUAUACGGAAACUGUGCAAGGCAAUUACCAGCGCGAUGAGCAAACCAUCACAGAAUAUUCGUCAAUUUAUAUUACGUCAGAGUACACCACGACCGUCCCGGUGCCUUAUACGGUAACAACAACCAAUACUUAUACUUCAACGGUGCCUGCUGGACUACCCCAAACUGUUUACAGUACAAAGACACUGCCACCAAGCGUAUCAACGUACUUCUCAACAGUAAUUCAAGCAUCUCCAGUCUAUCAAACAAUUCGAGAUGUUAGCACCGUUACACUGCCACCGGAAAUUAUUCCAGCACAAACCGUGUACAAUACAGUUUCACUGCCACCUGUCACCAAGAUCUCAACGUUUGUACAAACGGCCACUGUUUCAAAGGUUCAAACUGUUCACGACGUAGUAACCACCACCCUUCCAGCUGUAACGCUACCAGCACAAGUUAUCUACUCCACCGUUCAACUUCCUCCGCAAUACAUUACAACAACCUCUUACUACACAUCGACCACGCAGCUGGUUCAGACCUUCCGCGACACGGUUACCGCCCCACCAGUACAGCUUCCGGGACAAACCAUUUACCAAACCGUCACCCAACCUGCAAGAACUGUAACCUCGACAGUGAUAAGCGCCACUGCAACGCCUGUGUAUCGCACAAUCACCAACACUGAAACAAUUCGCCUUCCCGCUCCUCCAGCACAAUAUCAUACCAUCUACUCCACUGUGUCCCUGCCAGCUCAAAUUCAAACUCAAUACAGCGUAGCGACGACGACUCUUCGCGACGUCCAAUACAUUACUCGCACGGUGACCAACGCCAUCCCUGGAGUCCAGCAUGACGCCCAGACCAUUUACUCUACCGUGACUCUGCCGGCUGUCACCAAGACGUUCUGUGGUCCCGAGAACACCUACCUACCAGCCGCUGAAGCUAACGGUCGUGGAUUCACCGGAUUUGGUAGAGGAGUUAGUCAUCAAUUCAAUCGAUUCUUCUAA